AAACACAGAUGGCAGGGAAUGAAGCCUGAAAACCUUCUGAGACUAUGUAGGUAAAGCACAAGUGAACUGGUGUUGCUGAAAAUGAAAAUGAUGAACAGUGGAUUUACUGAUCACUAGUGGUGUACCAGGAGGAAUGCUGCAUAUAAUAGCUGUCCAGUUUUGGUAAGCCUGCGCCCACUGUAGCCUCGGAUUCCUGUUCUUGGCUGAAAAGAGUGGAACCUGGUGUGGUCUUCUGCUGUUGUAGCCAAUCUGCCUCAAGAUCCAUCAUGGCUCUGCACAGGACUACAUUACAUGCUGUGCUUUGGACAAUUCUGUAUUCAUUCACAGAAAACGUCAGAGCAUCACCAUGUGCUGAAGUAAACAGUUCAUCAACGGUGGUUCCAUUUGGCUCAGCAGUCACAGCUUCCUGUUACAUCAAAGAAGAGUGUUCGCUCACAAAAACCCAGGAUUUUCUCAUUAAGUGGAGGAAGAAUGCUCAUUUUAUGCCCAGUAGUAAAGGCAGUCAGAAGAAUGUAUAUGAAAUCCUCAUAUCCAACUUCACUGACAUGCAAGCUGUGCUGGAAUGUUUUAUCUGCUUACAUGAUAUAUGCAACGUGGUAGGCGCUGUGGAGAUUAGAGCAGUGUAUCCUCCACCCGUCCCACAGAACUUGAAUUGUCUAUUAAAUCUUAAUGAACCUGCUACUCUGGUAUGUACUUGGGACCCUGGUAAAAAAGCUUCAGACAUUCCAACAAACUACACCCUGUACACAGAAAUCAUGCAUCUAGAUACAACAAGUCCAUUACAAAGGUUCGCCUAUGCUCCACCACCUGAGGAGAAUUUCUACAGGGUUCCACGUGGCGGCUUCACUUUGUUUCGUGAAGUGCAAGUUUACGUGGUAGCAAUGAAUGUCUUUGGCCAGGCCACAUCUAACCUCCUGGUGCUGGAUCCUAUGAAAACAGCUAAGCUGGAUGCUCCAGUGAUUCAAGGGGUUGGAACACAAACAUUUGGAUGCCUUGAGUACAAAUGGAGUCUCUCAAAUACUCAGAAGUGGAUAAGAAAGACCUUACAUAUAGAGAUCAAAUUAAAACCUGUGAACACCAACAUUUCUAACAAAGAGCAGUUUAUUCGAAAACCUGAAAACAAAGUUAAGGUGUGUGGUCUGCUUCAUGGCAUGAGCUAUGAAUCACAGAUCAGGGUAAGAUAUCAGAGCAGCAGCCCAUGGAGUGAGUGGAGCAAUGCUACAGUGGCUACUACACCCAUGAAAGCUCCCACUGGCCGGCUAGACACAUGGCUGAAGCUGCAGAGGCCAGAAACUAGGAAUCAGACAGCACAGCUGUUCUGGAAGCCAUCUUUGCAGUUCCGUGCCAACAGCAUGAAUGUGUCUUACACUGUAUCACUAAUGGGAGAAUUCACAAAGAAGAAAGAAAUUGUGUGUGUCACAGAUCAGCAACACUGUACAUUCCAGAUCCAUGCAAAGGUCAGGAAGGUCUUCCUGACAGCCAAGAAUGAAGCAGGGAAAUCUAACCCUACUGAUGUGCCACUGUACAGACGAAGAGGAAUGGAUCCUGUCCUAUUUCUGGAAAUACUUCCACAAUCUGAAGAGUCUUUGUUGGCCAAAUGGAUAAGCCCAGAGACCUCAGUCAUUAGUGCAUAUGUGCUGGAGUGGAGAGCACUAUGUGGGACGAAUCCAAAUCAUGUUUCUUUUGAAAUUCUGGACCAAAAUCAGACCAGCUUUGUAGCAUCGAGUACAGUGAAAAUUCAAAGCAUGAUUUUGGUGUUUUCUCUAAAUAUCAAUGAAUGUUUGCUUACUAUGAAUGUUAAAAUGAACUGUAUCUGUGUAUCCAUUUUAGGUCUUGAGCCUUACAUGCCUUAUGAAAUUUCAGUAUACCCGAAAUAUGGGGGUGGAAUUGGUCGGCCCUACAGCACUGUAGCAUACACAAAGCAAAAAGCCCCCUCCAUAUCUCCAAAAUUAGAGAUUGGAAAGAUCACACCUUCUUUUCUUGAACUUUCCUGGGAUGAAAUCCCAUUGCAGAAGAGGAAUGGAAUUAUUACUGGCUAUAGGAUUUUCUACAGGGAUGAGAAAAACAAUACAAGAGUUAUAGAGACUGAGAGCACAAACAGACACGUGGUGCUUAAAGAUCUCAAUCCUUUCACCAUCUAUGAACUCUUCAUAAUGACUAGCACAGAUGGUGGCAGUGUGAAUGGGUCCACCGUCACAGUGAAAACUGCAUCUAUUGAUGCCUUUGAGAUAGUUCUCAUUGUGAUUCCAGCAUGUGUUGGAUUGACACUUUUCUUCUUUGGUGUGUUUACCUGUUUUAUCAAACAAAAGUGGAUGAAGAAGUAUGUGUGGCCAGUGAUUCCAGACCCUGCCAACAGCAAUAUUAAAAAGUGGACAACCGCUGAUUCUCUAGAAUGCAUGCCUCCCUUUAAAGAGGUCAAGGACCCUGUGCUGGUGUAUCUCUCCCACAUUAGUCUUCUGUGUCCACCUGAGAAAGAGUUGUCGAAAGGAGAUGAGAACAUCAAGAGCGACAAUUGGCCAUAUAAUGGCAAAAGUGUUGAUGCAGGCUACGAUGAUUCAUCCCAUGAUUCUGAAACCUUUGAAACAGAGCAGCAGAGCGAAUCUGUGCCUUAUGCUACAGUUGUCUUUGCUGGGCCAUAUCAACGCCAGCCUGUCUCUCCACCAGUCUACCUGCGCUCAGAGUCCACACAACCCCUACUGGGAGAAGAGGAACCUUCUAGUCCUCGUCCAUAUGAGAAAAUGUCCACCCAAGUCAAUGUUCCUGAUAUAGACCACUUUUCAACAUUUCACAACAAUUUAAGUACCGGAGAAGAAAAAGCUUCACUUUGGGUGGAUUUCCCUAUGCUCAGGUCUUUGGAAAUUAACAGUAAGUCUUAAAUUCAAUGUGUGCAUUCAUAUACAGCCAUAAACUGGUGCAGUUAUGAAACAAUGGUUACAUUUUACCUCGGUUUGGUGCUACAUUGGAAUAUAAUGACUUUAUUUUGUAAUUGUUUUUUGUAAUAGAGACAUGCAGAGUCAUUUAUUGCAACAUUCUGUGACCCUGUGACCCUACUCCUUAGCAACUAAUAAUAUGAGGCAACCAGUAGGAUGUAAAAGGAAAAGUAUUAACUUGCACCACCAUAUAAUUCACAUGGUAAUAUCUGUUAGGAAUAUAUACAUGAGUUAAGUGCUAAGAUUUGGUUAGGAAGUUAGAUUGCAGCAAAAGACUAUCUCUGUCACUGUUAGAGCAUUGUCACUUUUGUACAUGAUGUAUGUGAUUGGCCAAUCAUUCAAUCUGUCCAUGCACUGACCUAUAAAAUGUGAUCUAAUGAUUUAAUAAUCUAAAUUAACUUUGAGUGAAGCAUAAAUUAGAGUGCCCACUGUGACAUGCUGAGAAAUGGAAGCAUAAUUUAAACCAGGCAUUUCAUGAUUUAGAGGUUAUACUUGAUUGGGUUUGUGGUUACUCUGUGCGUCCAUUUUCCUGUGCAGCCAUGUUUGGUCACACUUUCUAUUUUAAAGGUCUACUAAAAUAUCAAAUUCAGUCAAUCUUGACAGUAACUGAUACCAAAUGGAUAGUGAGGUAGUAUGGUAACAUGUUCAGGAGACAAUGUGAUGGGAUGUAAAAUAAUACAUUUUUAAUAAUAUUAUAAAUACUUGACCUUGAAAAAUCAUAAAUUGACAAUGAAAUAAAAAUUUGCAGAAUGCAUUAUAGUGGCUGAUAAAUGUGAUCUUAUCUGUUAUAACUGUAAGUAAUCGCACUUUUCAGUCCAUACAAGAUUUCACUAAGUUUUUUGUGAUUGUUGCAGCCAGAAAUGCUUGAUUUUGCUGCAGCAUUUUUUAUUUUUAUUUUAUUUUAUUUUUUUUUGCAACUUGCAGAUUUUUUUUUGCUUUUUCUGCGGAAAACUACUUGAACUAGCAAAAGUGCAAUUGCACGAAAGGUCUCAUUUACCAACAAACAUCACUUUGAAAGAUGUUGUUGGUAAAGAGACCUUUUAGCUGUACUGAUGUUGUAUGCUCACAUGAAUCGAAGAGGGCUUUGGCUGAAUGCAAGUUGUGAUGAAGUCACAUGACAUGUCUUGGCUCAAAUCUGAAGAGCCCAGAGACCUGGUAAAUUUGAGGUACUUUUGCAAAAUUGCAAGCUAGUCAGAAUAUUUCAGGGCUUGCUUAAUUUUGCAUUAAUUUCUGCAAUCAGAAAAUCCUGGAUGGACUGACUUUUUUCAGCUGCUAUCGCUGUGAAGUAGUUAAUGGCUCUGAAAAUAUUUAUGUGCUUGGUCAGUUGAGACAGGAUAAAAAUUGAGCAGUUAGGGGUUGAUGGCCUUGCUCAAGGACCCAACAGUUUGGAUGAACCAGGAUUUGAACUCAUAACUCAAACAGUAUUCCAGAGUCAUGUCUGACAAACAACUGCAGACCACAAUAUCAAGUUACAUAGGUUUGAAAAUAUAGUCUAUCUGACUGAUUGUUAUCAGUAUCUCAGUGAAAAUAUUUUUUUCUGAAUGUAUUAAGUAACAUUUGGUGCUCAUCAAGGCUCUGUACUAGGGCCUCUACUGAUUUCAGUCUACAUUUGGGAGAUACCAUCUGUAAUUAUGGAAUAAAUAUCCAUUGUAGUGCUAACGAUUCCUUUAUUUUUACUGGAUUUUUUUUUCCAUAAUAUUCAUUUUCUUAUUAUAUUAUUAUUUUAAUUAAUUCUUAAUACUUAUUUUUUAGUAUUCUAAUAACCUCCUGAUUUCUAAAAACUUCCUGUACCUUCCCUAAAAACUUACAGUUUACCCUAAUAUUCAAGUGUGACAUAAGUCUUCUUGUUUGUUAAUUUGCUCGGGAUGCAGAUCUGUUUUUUUACUUUUAGAAUAAAAAAUGGUGUGUGUGUGUUGGGGGGGGGGGGGGGGGUGUCAGCAUUUGAGAUUCGGAUACUGUAAGUCAGGGAUGUGCAAAGUCCAAAUGGGGCCUGCAGACAGAUAUUAACUGUUCCGUGGCUUUUCUAUUAGAAUGUAUGACGCAAUGCAUUUAUUUUCAACUGAUGGUGGCAGCAGACACAGCACAUAGUAAUUAUUUAAUCUCAACUCAAUAUCCUAUGGUGUGUGUGUGUGUGUGUGUGUGUGCGUGCGUGUGCGUGUGCGUGCGCGUGCGUGUGCGUGUGUGUGUGUGUGUGUGUGUACGGCCCUCUCGUAUUUUGAUGAGGUCUCAUUUGGCCCCCUUUGAAAAUAUUUGGACACCCCUGCUGUAAGUACUGUAGAGCUUUAUUGGAAUUUUGUUUUAUGAUUAAUUUCAUUUGACUCUAAGUUUUAUCAGGCUUUGCAUCAAUCUGAAUUUAUCAUUUCAUUUUUGUACUUUUUAUUUUCUUUUUCAUUGUACUCAGAUUGUUUGUCUGCUGAUUUACUAAUUCAUAUUAUGUAAAACUUAUAAAACUUAUCUUGUGGUACUUAUAUAACACAAAGGCUAGAUAAAUACAAUUUAGUUGAGUUCAGAUUAAACUUAAACUUGUUCUGGACAUGGAAGAGAGUUUAAAAUAACCUAUGAAUUAUUUUGAGCAGUUAUCAAUAGUUCUCCUACUCAAUAAAUUUUCAAAUAAACCA